AAAAACUGAUUGACUCUCAUCGACAACAGCAACAACCAAAAUAAACACAGAAGGAGCCAUCACAAUGACAUUCGACGAAGCCACCAGCAGUAGCUCGACAAGAAUCCUGAUGAUGAAUGAGGCGGACAUUCCCGGCGACUACAUCUGUCCCUUGACACUGGAGCUCAUGGAGGAUCCAUUGGUGAGCCGCUACGGCCACAGUUUUGAACGAGAAGCCAUUCUGGAAUGGCUGAACCUUGGCAACACAGAAUGUCCCUUGACGAAGAAGCCACUGACCGCGUCGGGCCUGAUACCCAAUGAACGGUUGCGAGCUCGAAUUGUGGGUUGGAGAAGAUCCAAUGGGUACAAGCUUCCAGAACGAAAAGACUCUCGUGAUUACUACAUGCAACAAGAAGAGGAUCCUUCCACUGUAACAGGCAUUCUCGUGGUGCCAUCUCAAGCUAAGCAUACAACAGCAGCCGAAGAGGCCGGUCGCCGACGAGGACGACAGGGAAUUUUCCGCCGACUCAAAAAGUCCCUACGAACCGCUACAGUUUCCCAAUAAGCAGCAACUUAAAUAAUAGACGCAUGCAUGUUUAUUUG